ACACAGAAAAAAGGUCUCUCUCUCUCUUUCUGUUAUGAUCGCCAGGCCCACCAGAGAUUUGAACGCCCGCAAAACGAGAGUAUCUCACUCCGAGGAGUGGCGCUCAACCACACCAGAGAAAGAGAAAGAGCGAACCAUUUCAGGAUUUUCCCCCAUGAAGAAGAUGAGCUGGAGGAUUAGACGACAGAGAAGAAGACGAGUCCAGAGAUCGGGGGCUCUUCUAUGUAGUUGGGCCCUGGCACUUCUCUCAUCAUCAUCAUCAUCAACAUCAUCCAAGAAGAAGAUUUUUGGUGUAGCCCGCAAAGAGUACCUAGAGGGCAAAGAAGAAGCGCCCCUCAUUGCCAUUGCUGAUCUUUCCAAGGAGGAAGGAAGGAAGGAAGGAAGCUUGCUAGCGAGCUAGCUAGCAAGCAAGCAUGAAAGAAGCAAGGGCCACUCCUUGAGGAACACCAUCACAUUUUACUCUGCCCAAGUGACUUACUUACUUCCACGACCUAUUGGACUGAAUGAGUUUCGUGAAAUCAGUCGAGGACACCACUUGAACCUGUCCGGUUCAUAUCCACCAAACAUAUUUAUUUUCUCAACCCCGGGGGGGAGGGCUCAGUGAAAUCAUGUUCGGCUCAUCCAACCCCCAUCCUCAUCCGCAUCUGUCUCAUCCUCAUCUGUCACCGUUUGGAAACCCCUUUGAUCAGACCAAGAUCGACAAACUGGAUCCGAUGCAGAAUCAACUGUGUCGCGUUUGUAACGAGCCAGCGGCGGGAUUUCACUUUGGGGCCUUCACUUGCGAAGGGUGCAAGUCGUUCUUCGGUCGGACGUGUAACAACCAAUCCGUGAUCCAGGAGUGUAAGAACAACUAUCGAUGCGAAAUCAAUAAGAAGAACCGCACCACUUGCAAAGCCUGUCGACUCCGCAAAUGCCUUCUGGUGGGCAUGUCCAAGUCGGGAUCGCGAUAUGGUCGCAGGUCGAAUUGGUUCAAGAUUCACUGUUUGAUGCAGCAGCAAGCUAAUGGUGGACCGGCAAGCUCACACGCGGGAUCGAGCGCAAAUCUGCCCCCGAUAUUGCCCGCCUCCAUACACACGCCCACCAUGUCCAUGUCCUCACCUGCGUUGACCACUUCACCCUCAGGGUUGUGGAGGCCACAAGAACCUUCGCCCAGUCCUCGAUCCGCCAUUUCCGAACCGCCUCGACUCUUUGAUGUGGGUCUGUCCCGAUCGAGUCGUCCCAGCCCUAGUCCGCCCCCGACCUCUACCAUCUCGGCCGAGAGGGACUUGAGCAAGUUUCUAAGACUGAAAUCAUCCGCAUCCGGCGGCCUCCGCGAGCCCUUUAGAUCAGCGUCGCCCAUAGAAGAAAAGCCAGAGGUCCCCAUCAGUCACACUCUGGGCUCCCUGGCCUCUCGGUUCCAUCCUAUGUACUCUCCAUUCGGGACCGCUUUGCCUCUUCUCCCGCCCACGUUCAAUUUCCCCACUUUUGCCAAUCUGCCCCUCCACAAGCAAGCCCUCCUCAGCCCUCUAUUGGCGUCUAGUCAGAUGCUGGCCGCGGCAGCUGCGGCCCGGAAGGCCUACCCGCUGUUGGCUACUCCCACCGCUGAAGUGAACGUGUCUCGGGCUCCUGAGGACAUUUUGGCCGAGCAUCGGGCCCUCCUGGAGCGGUUUAGGUCCGUUUCGGCCGAAAUGGUGGCUGCAUCCGAGCGUCGAGACAACGUGAAGGUUUCACCAAAGAACUCACUGCUCACUCAAAAUAUCAUGGACCUUUCCAAGCGAUCCUCGGACGAGGAGAGCAAUGGGUCCUCGUCUCCGCCCUCAGUGGGCAGUGAGAUCAUUCCUCAUCUAAGCGAUACGGACGAGGAACACGAGGACACCGAGGUCGGGAAUCGAUCCAAGGCCGAGAGUAACAAUAACGACAAGGCCGAUCGCAAGACUGUCAAAAAGGGAGACGAGACGCCUCUCGACCUGACCUGUGUUUAAAUACAGUUAGUUAUACGCAGACUCCAUGCUGUAUGCACGUGUGUCCGUUCAAAGUUUAUUUGUCCUGUAGUUGAUGAGCUGUAUGGGGUGUCAUGGCCCCUCAAACGCGUUGUUUCCUGUUUUGUAAUAAAUCCCCCUUUCUCCACUUGGAAUAAACGUGUCGAUGAUA